UAAUUUAAUUCGAUAAAUUGAACCUAAAAUGAUUGUGAGCGAUUCCAAACGAGCUCGUUAUCUUCGAAAGCGCUGAACGGAUUCAGAUCGAGAUCUCCCCGAUGUGUUAACUGAGUUUCUAAAAGUCAAAGAAAUUAUUAUUAUCAAUAUUGUAUGUAAGAAGCUAUGAAAUGACAAUUCUUGAAUGAACGAAACUGCAAAAAUAAAACCGAAAUUUCACGCGGACGAAGUCGCGGGCCCCGACCGAUAUACUACCCCUCGACCGCAUUUCUUUUAUUCGACUCGAAGAUCCCGGGUUCGAUUCCCGGAGAGUCGAAAAUAGUUUCGGGUCGAUGUUUCGUCCCGUUUAUGAGUCGAAGAGAGCUAUGCGAGAAAGAAAGAGAUGCACGUCCGUCACCCCGAGUCCGACACAGAUGGGGCGUGGCGUCCGACAGCCGUGCUCCAUGAGCUGCGGCCGCGGGGCCGUGCCCUCCUUGGCCUGCGCCGCCUGCCUGUGCCUCUACCACCCCGCCUGCCUGGGGCUGACGCACGCGCCGCCGCAUCCCUUCUUUUGCAAGAACUGCGACUCUUUAUCGCCCCGGGAUCCCCCGUCGUCGGUCCACAAAUCGGGGGUGACGACCGCGUCCGGUCUUCAAGCUCCGGUCCCCGUCCCGGCUUCGGUCCAUCAGUCGGCCGACUCGGUGCCCGUCCCGAGGCUCGUGCCGGCUCCUAAAACUCAGAAGAACGACAAGCGUGUGCUGCUGCGGAUGAAGAUGUCCGGCGGCGCGGACGGGCAGAAAGUGUGGGCGGUGUCCCCGAGUGCGACUUCCGCCCCGACCCAGGCCGGCCCCGCCCCUUCGGCCCCGCCGACCCAAGCGGCGCCCCAAACCCCGAACGCCUCGUCCGCUGCGCUCCAGAGACACGCGCUACCGCAAUCGUUAGCCGUCAUCAACGGCCGACGGUUUAUAGUCGUUUCACGCGGAUUGCCAAACUAAUGUUUUUUUAUAAUAAAUUUAGUAAAUUCGACUCAAAUUAGCAUUCCAGAGUUUCGUGAUUUUGAGAUAAAUUAAAUCCGGCCGGCCUUUUGUAAAGUUUUUUGUUUAGAAUUGCGCAAAAAGAAAUAGGGCUAAAUCUCAAAUGGCUAUUAUAGGCUUACGACUGCAAAUCUCGAGCUGAGCUUGCGUUUUACUUCUAAUACUCUUCUACGACAUGUCACGCGUUCUAUUUAAACUUGAAACUGAACGAUUAAUCAAGUAUGCGAACCGGGUUCCCCAUUGAUAUUAUAUUAGUAUUAAGAGUUGGAGGAAACCUAAUAAAGAAUUGAAAAUCA